AUGGGAUUCCAUCCAGAUGCAUGGGCUUCAUUUUAUCUUUCUCAUCUCCCUGGUUAUUUAGGUGAAUUCUUGGCUUUGACUGGAGAAAAGCUUAAUGGAGCUGAACUUGUUGCAUGUGGCAUUGCUACACAUUAUUCACUAAGUGGGGUAUGCAAACGCCUUGGUCAACUCAUGACAGAUGACCCUUCCAUCAUAUCAGGUUCUCUUGCUCAAUAUGGUGAUCUUGUUUAUGUAGAUAAAACCAGUGUUCUUCACAACCCUUUUGUUUUUUUGUUCAUGGUGGGAAAGGGGAAAACAAACAUAGACAAAUUCACUUGGGUGGUUGCUUUGGCAAAGCAGAGAGUUGAUGAGUACAUAUAUACUAAGAUGAUGCAGAAAACUUGUAAUUGUCCUAAAAAUGACCGUAUAGAUAUAGAAGCGUUAGAAGAAAAAGAUAAUUACAGGGAUGAAGAAGUGAUGAAAGAAGAAGAAGAAGAAGAAUAUACAUUUAGAGACACAGAAGUGCUCUAG